AUGGCGCCGCGUAGAGGUAAUCACGGUCACGGCCAAGGUCAAGGCCAAGGCGCCGGAAACGGCGGAUUGUACAUUGGAAACUAUGUCGAAAUCCCCGGAUAUAAUUUAACCCUGGACGGAGAGCACGGGGAUCAAGCGAACGGUAACUUGUCCAAAUGCGCGUGUCCCACCGAGUGUUUGAAAGAGAAUAAUACUAGCGUUUCCGGUUUGGAUACCGAUCCGAACAUACGGUUAGACGAUCUUCACGACGUCGUACGAGUCAUAUGCAAUAACGAACAGUGCACGGUUGGGAAGUACAUGCACCGAGAAUGUUUCGAAUCGUGGGAGCAAGCCGUUCUCACGUAUUUGAAAUCAUGCGGACGAGCCAAAUCAUGGUCGGAAAGGCAGAGACACCAGAAUCUUUGGACGAAAAAAGGUUACGAUCUCGCAUUCAAAGCGUGCGGUUGCAAGUGCGGAAGAGGACAUUUGAAAAAGGAUUUGGAUUGGACACCUCCGCCGAAUCAAAAUCAAAGGCGGUUCGACAACGACAACGCGGAAAACAAAAAGAAAAAGAAAAACAGAAACAAAAGUCUGAGACCGACGCUGUCUAUAUCCGCUCACAAUUCGGCCAAUUCGAACAAUCACAAUGGUAAAAACGGAGAUAACGGAAUGAUGGGGGGAACCGAUUUGAGCCGCGGAAGAACGGGAAGUUUGAGCAGUUCGAACGGAUCGGCUAGUCCGCCCGUGUCCUCAUCGGAAACGAGCGUGUCACCCGCUCAUUCCGGAAGCAGUUCGGGUUCGAACGGAAUGAUUGGAAAAAAGAAAAAUUCAAAAGUGGAUUUCUUUUCAGACAGAGCUCGAAACGGUUUGGCCGGAAAUGGAAUAUUUUCAAGACGACAAGAUUUUAGUAGUUUUAAUUUGCUGCCCAAGCACAAACUUAAUUCUUAUCACAUCAAGAUGGAAGACGAAGGGAAUCACGGAAAUGACGACACGCGUUGUUUCAUUUUAUCAACACUCGCCGCCAUGCACAUGUCUCGCGUAUCUUGCGUACUCUGUGAUUCUCCCAUGCUCGUUUUCGACAGAUACCCUCUCGUCGAUGGUACCUUUUUUCUAAGUCCGAGACAGCAUAGCAAAUCGUGUCUCGAAGUAAGAAUAGAAAACAGGACGCAGUAUCUAUCGGCCGUUUGCAUGACUUGUUUGGAAGGUUGGGGAGCCGGACGUAGGCUUAGAUGUUUAUAUUGUGCGACGCCCUGGGAUGGUUCGUCUCUCGUCAUCGGAACCAUGUAUUCAUACGACAUAUUCGCUGCCAUGCCGUGUUGCACCGAACGCUUGAGGUGCAACAAUUGUCAGAAACCGCUUCUACAACCUCAUCAAAGACUUAAUUUCUACAGCGACUACAGUCACUCACUCGCAUGUCCACACUGUCAAGCUUCCGACACACAUUUCGUCAAACCUUUAGGAUUAUGCUACACGAAAGACCUCAUGUCGCUUUGGCCAUAA